UUCAUACAAGAAUGUGUUCCUAAAGAUGACCUGCUUAUUUAUAAAUAACAGUUUGAAUUGCCAUUUACAAACAAUAUCGUUUUAAGAUGACACUGUGAUUAUAUAAAUCGCUCAAAUAAAUGCGUUUGUCACUAAUUGUUCUGUCUUGAACAAUCCACUUCAGGUAAAUAGCCAAAUAAUCCAAAACAAAUGGUUGACAUCUCUAAUAUUUAGUUUCCUCCAAAAUUCUGAUUGGCAGCGAAUGACAUCCUGAACUAUCCGAGGAGUAAGAGUUGAGAAAUGUUUUCUAUUCUUUGCCAUCUUUUUUCACAAAUCAGCAGCAAAGGGAGAAGUUCUGAUUUGCAAAUGAGUGGGAAAAUAGACAUAGCAGUUAUUUCUUUCAUUGCUAAAAUAGCUCACUGAUUUCCUGUCUCAUGUGACCACCUUCUCAGAGCUGUUUGGGCGGUCAGCUGGUUGUGCCUGGCUGUCCCCCUGUCGAUCUGCCGUGCGCUCACAGCAGCAGCAGCAGCAGCAGCAGCACAGAUUAGUCUGGUCUCAGCAUGCGGCGCCAUUCCCUCUGUAACUGCGUGCGGCUUUUAACCUAUUAAUAGGUCUUGCAAUUUGCCAUGCGGUCUUGGUUGGAUCUGGACAAUGAAUAACACCACCGGCUUGGCGCUGGUUGGAGCGGGCAGCCGGGAAGACCCUCCGGCGCACAGAGCUCUCACUGGAUGCGUCCUGGUGCUGCUCAUCAUAUGGACGCUUGUGGGCAACAUGACCGUGUGCGCGGCCGUGUAUCGCUACCGUCACCUGCGCGCCAAGGUGACCAACAUCUUCAUCGUGUCCCUGGCUCUGUCGGAUCUCCUGGUCGCGGUGCUGGUGAUGCCGUGGAAAGCCGCGGCUGAAGUGGCCGGCUUCUGGCCGUUCGGCGGCUUCUGUAAGACAUGGCUGGCCUGCGACAUCAUGUGCUCCACCGCCUCCAUCCUCAACCUGUGCGUGAUCAGCGUGGACCGAUACUGGGCAAUCUCCAGCCCGUUUUGCUACGAGCGGAGCAUGAACAAGAGGGUGGCCUUCGUGAUGAUCGGGGUGACGUGGACAGUGUCCGUUGUGAUCUCCUUUGUUCCCGUGCAGCUGGACUGGCACCGGGCGGAAAUCAGUGACCCCGGCGGGCGCGUGAUCCCGCGCCUGGAGAGCACCGAGGAGAGCUGCGACUCGAGUCUGAGCCGCACUUACGCAAUCUCUUCCUCCCUUAUCAGCUUCUACAUCCCCGUUGUGAUCAUGAUCGUCACCUACACCCGGAUCUACCGGAUUGCCCAGACGCAGAUCCGGGUGAUAUCUUCCUUGGAGCGCGCGGCGGAGCACGCCCAGAGCUGCCGGUCGCACGUGCCCGAGCUGUUCCCGCACAUGUGCACAGACAUCGGUGCCAGCUCCUACCAGUCCCGCAUCAGCAUCCACCCUGAUUCCCAGUGCCCCAAUCAGUCACACCGGGAGCUCAGAGUCUCCAUCAGGAAAGAGACCAAAGUGCUGAAGACUCUGAGCAUCAUAAUGGGAGUUUUCGUUUGCUGCUGGCUGCCCUUCUUCAUCCUGAACUGCGCUCUGCCCUUCUGCCCCGGACCAGGGGCCCCUUUAGCCCACCGCGGCCCCUGCUGUGUCAGCGAGAAAACCUUCGAUGUGUUCGUGUGGAUCGGGUGGAGUAACUCCUCCCUAAACCCAGUUAUUUAUGCGUUCAACGCGGACUUCAGAGACGCUUUCCUUCGCCUGUUGCGCUGCCGCGGAGGAGGCUUUCUGUCCGCGGUGAGUACAGCGGUGGAGACCAUGCUGGCGAGCAACGAGGCCGGGCAGCAGAGGCGGGACAGCACCCUGAAGGCGAAGCUGAGCGUGUCCACGAACACGCGGGGGAGUCAGGACAGCGGAAACACCACGGUGGCCGUGUUUUAUCACGGGGGGGCCACGAUGGAGCAAGGGACGGACACUGAGGAAAGAUAUGAUAAAGACCGACUGACACAGAUACCCAGAUAAUUUUAGAAUCUGCAGCCACGCUGAUCUUCUUUUAGUUUGUUUUUAGUCGAUAUUAAGUCAUUUUGACCAUCAAACAAGUUCUUUAAGGAAAGGAAAAUCACUUUUUUUUCACUUGAUUGCCUAGAAGAAAGGGGGACUAAAGGUGUUACAAUUCAAAUAGCCAAAAAUAAGUAGUUGUAAUUUAAUGGCUUUUCCUUAACUAAUCAAAACUGGAAACAAACACGUGAAUAACUGUCCUAAACCUUUUAUGCACGAGUUGUUAUAACCAUGCAGAAAAGAAGCUUUCAAAAAGCUUUGUUUGUUUGUUUUCAAUCAAUUUUUGACGCUUUUAGUUUAAGAAAUAUGGCGGCUAAACCAGUGUGGCAACACACUUUACAUUUUCUGACAUUGUUCACUUUUAUGAAAAAAGAAACUAACCUUACGUGUUUCCCGUAUAUCCCACAUUCAGCUCUUUGCUGAUGACUUCUUCAGAAAAAAAAUCUUGUGAAAAUACACAGUGAAACUAAACAUGAAGCAAAUGAGAGACAUCUAUUUAUUUAUUUUAGUAAAAUGCAAACCCAAGCAAAAAUAUGUGGAUAUGAAAAAGGAAUACUAAAACAAAGCCCCUACAUUGGUAUAACUUAUUUUUUAACUUUCAGGAUGAAAAUCCUCAGCAUCAGAAAAUGUGUUUUUGUUUUAAAAUAUUAUUUUUAUGAUUGCUGAAUUAGUGACUGGUUUGACUUUUUCCAAAUAACAAAAUAGCCAUAGUAAUUGUCAAACCUGUAGGUUAAAUAUAAUAAGGGAUGCAUUAUGUCCAAAUUAAAGGACAUAUAUGACCUCAAAAGCUUCAGAAUGCCAACCGGGUUUUUCCGAACUUAUCUCUUUUGGCCAGCAGGAGGCAGAGUUUACAGAGACACCAGAAUAAAACAAAAAGAAUAUCAUCAACCAACAAGUAAAAAAAAAAAAAAAAAAGACUUGAAUAACUGUGACCUACAUUCACAAAACGAUAAGUUAUUAAAUGUCAGCAAUAAAAUAUAUUUACAAAAAGCUGUUUAAAAAAAGCUAUUAAGAUUAGUUUUAUGAUGGUUCCGUUUAUUAUUUUAUCGUCAUGUCCCGCAGUUUAUUCAUUCAUUUUGUACAUCAGCUGUGACCAUCAAAUACCUAUUGUAUAAUUCUCCUAUUGUUCUGUGAACAGAUCUACAAAAUGGAGGAUUGAAGUUGACUCACCAUCAUUUUUCCUCUAAUCCACCUCACAUCAUCCUCCAAGGCCCUUUUAAUCUGAGAAAUAUGUUGAUCAACAGGAUCUCAAGCAGCUAACAGGCUGAGGAUGGUACGCAACAAAUUUGGUUUUAUUCAAAGCAGUAAACGCAUUUUGACAGCAUGCAUCACAUUGGUAAAAGAAAACCUUUGCUGAUGAAGACUGUUCGUCAUAAGCCACCCCCUCUUGAUUCCACAGUCCCAGCUGCAUGACCUGAAAGCUCACACGGCCUGUGAUCUGAGCGUUAUGAUGUGAAAGGACGAAGUGACCUGUGGGGUGUUUGUGGCUUGUCGUUUAUAAUGAAACAA